AUAUUACAUAGCGCAUUAAUUGAUACUGCGUUGUCAGGUUUGUAAACAACAUGGAGGAGGAAGUGCCCAGUGGAAGCGACAACAUUGUUGCAGAAUUUGCAUCGUAUGAGGAGUUUCUUGAUUCUCAUAUAAAACCAAUUGACUUGUUUUAUUUAGAGGACCAGGAGCUUGCCAGGCAAGUAAUUGAGCUUGGAUACAAAGGCAGUGGAGGGGAAGUAUUGAGACGAGAAGAAUUUGAAGCCAGGAAGCAGGCAGCAGAAGCAAGUAGGCUGUCCAAACGAAGUCAACAAAAGACUUUAGCGAGUUCUGGGAAGGACAUCAAGGACCCAUUUCUGAAGGCCUUGGCAGAAAAGGAAGAGGCCAACAGAAGUGGCAAAAUGACGAGUGUAAUAUUCAUCAGAGACUUCAAUGCUAGGGGUCAAGAAAUAUCUGGAUACAUAGAUUAUGCACACAGACUAAAGACAGAAGACUUUGAACCUUACUUUGCAGAGAGAAAGAAACUUCUACCAAGACCAUCAGAUUUAAGCUUUUAUAACUGGGAAACUCAAACGUCAACCUCAAACCCUUCUCCAAACUAUCUUGUAAUGGCGCAGAAUGCUACAGGCCUGAUAUUCAAAAACAAAAGAGACCGCAAGCAGCUCAUUGUUGAUCCUAAGGCUCCAAACCCAGGAGACAAUUCUUACCGUUACAUAAUAGAGACACCUAGAUAUGUGCAGGUUGUUAUCUAUGAUCACAUCACAAGGAGGAAAACGUGAAACGUGUUGUUUUUUCCUUGAAGUGUUCUGUGAUAUUUUGUAUAUUAAUGUGUUAUGUUAUGUUAUUAUACAUAUUUGUAAGUAAAAUACACAAAAAUAAUAUAUAUUGAAAAAAUAUAAAGAAUGUUCUUAAUUCAAUGAAAGCAAUUAGAAUUUGGGAUGUAUUAUGGCAAUCUUUGAAACUGUUCUGUGAAGAAGUUGCAAGUUGGAAUUGUUUUCAUAUCAAAGAUACCCUAAAAAGAGUGCAGGGGCACCUAAAACACAUAUAUCCUCUGUGUGUAGGGCAUCAUGGGAUAAAGCUACAAGAAGUGAGAGAAUUCUUUUUCAUCAUCAUCAUCAUGAAAAUUUGUCUGACUGACAAUUCAUUUUACAUAAAUGCACACUUUCUUAUUUGUAAUUAAGACAGACUAUCAUAAAAUACAGAAAAAUAAAACGAAA